UCACAUUUGCCAGCACUGGUCACCGGAGGCUGCAGAUCUCCUCAGCUCCAGGCACCAAGGGAAGGCUGGUUCCCACCCUUGGCCUGAACCUUCUCUGCUCAGAUAGGCUUGUCUUCUUCAGUCCCGGGGUCUCAGAAUGAAACUCGGGCUCCACCUCUUCCUCCUUUCUUUAGUCACAUCAUUUGUGUCUGGGAAGAACAAAGAGCCUGUGGGUCUCGCAGAGAAUGGGGGGAGACCCUUGUCAGCCAAAGGGAGGUGGGGGCAACCAGACCCCACAAACCUAAGCAUGCCUCUCCUGCCCGCUGACUUCCACAAGGAGAACACGGUGACCAACGACCUGUUUGUGGAAGAGGAGGAGGAGGGGGACUAUUUGGACCUGGAGAAGAUCUUCAGUGAGGAUGACGACUACAUUGACAUCAUCGACGCCGUCCCCGCCCCAGACCCAGAGGCCCAGCCUGGAAACGUCCUGGAGCUGUUCCAAGGCAAGAGUCGAAUCCAGCGCCUCAACAUUCUCAAUGCCAAGUUUGCUUUCAACCUGUACAGGACCAUGAAGGAGGCAGAUGACCCCACCAGCAACAUCCUCCUGGCGCCCGUGGGCAUCUCGACGGCCAUGGGCAUGAUCUCCCUGGGCCUGAGGGGAGGCACACAUGAGCAGGUCCACUCCGCCUUGUAUUUCAAGGACUUUGUGAACGCCAGCAGCAAAUACGAGACUCAGACCGUGCACAACCUCUUCCGCAAGCUGACCCAUCGCCUCUUCAGGAGGAAUUUUGGCUACACUCUGCGGUCAGUGAAUGACCUUUACAUUCAAAGGCAAAUUCCCAUCCUAGAGGACUUCAAAAAUAAGAUGAAGGAGUAUUACUUUGCUGAGGCCCAGCCUGCAGACUUCUCGGAGCCUGCUUUCAUCGGCAAAGCCAAUGACCAUAUUCUGAAGGUCACCAAGGGCCUGAUCAAGGAUGCCCUGGUGAAUAUAGACCCAGUGACACAGAUGAUGAUUCUGAACUGCAUUUACUUUAAAGGUACCUGGGUGAACAAAUUCCCAGUGGAAAUGACCCACAAUUCCAAUUUCCGCCUGAAUGAGAGAGAGGUGGUCAAGGUUCCCAUGAUGCAGACCAAAGGCAACUUCCUUGUGGCCAAUGACCAGGAGCUGGACUGUGAUGUGCUGCAGCUGCAGUACGUGGGGGACAUCAGCAUGCUGAUUGUGGUGCCUCACAAGCUGGCGGGCAUGAGGGCACUCGAGGCCCAGCUCAGCCCGCGGGCAGUGGAGAGAUGGCAGAAAAGCAUGACCAACAGAACCCGUGAGGUACGCCUGCCGAGGUUCAAGCUGGAGAAGAACUACAACCUCGUGGACGCCCUGAAGUCGAUGGGCAUCACUGAGCUGUUUGAUCACAACGGGGACUUCUCUGGGAUAUCCGAUCAAAAACUCGUCAUUGACUUGUUCAAGCACCAAGGCACCAUCACAGUGAACGAGGAGGGUACCCAGGCUGCCGCUGUGACCACCGUGGGCUUCAUGCCCCUCUCCACGCAAGUUCGAUUCACCGUCGAUCGUCCUUUCCUAUUCCUCAUUUAUGAGCACCGCACCAGCUGUCUGCUGUUCAUGGGCCGUGUUUCCAACCCCAGCAAGUCUUAAGAGGUGGAGGCUGGGGCUCCCGUCUGAUCCUGUCAUAAUGACCUUUUUGUUACAACAACACCCAAAGGGAAUCUGUUAGCAGUGCCACUUUCAUAAUCCACCAUGGCCCCUGAAUGCACGGGCCAGGUCUCAUGAAAGAAAUCACAAGUCAUGGGAAUUCUCUGGGAAUCACUUUGUGUAGCAAACAGUCCUGAGUCUAGAGAAGCUGUGUGCGCCUGCGUGUGCAGUCAAUGAAUACAUUAAAAGUGUCCUUAAGGAGCUGACCAUCUGAUUUCCUGUUCCUUUAGUGCUGCGGCCUCACGCAAGGCAAUUCCUGGGCCCUUCUGUCCAUUCUACGUCACCCUCAGCCCUUUGGUUCCUCUGCUCUCUUGUGGCCUCCAGCCAUGCCGAAAGGGCUAGCAGCCUGUCCCCAUGAUGAUGGCCCCGUUAUGAGGCCUUGCUGCAAAGCACGGGCUGGGGCGCACAGGACCACAGGUCCCCCUCUAGGCACCAAUAAAUAUAGACUACUUUUAA